AUGGGUAAUCAACAAUAUCAAACUUCAAUGGGUAAUCAGCAAUAUCAAACACGCCGUACCGAAUCUCAUUAUACUCGAUGGGACGGAGCAGGUUUACAACGAUUUACUGGAUUUGAUGCAAGUCGAUUGCCACAAAUCCAUCAACAAUUCGUCAAAGCUGCAGGUUCUGACGGUUUGGUUAGUUACAAUGAAUUCGCUCGCUUAUAUCGCGAACAUAACAUUGGACCAACUGAUGAGAGAACUAUCGAACAAGCCUUUCGUACGUUCGACGCCGAUGGAUCAGGAAAAUUGUCUUUCGACGAAUUUCUUUCCGCAGCUAUUGCAUUGAACAAAAAUACAAAUGCUCGAGAACGAAUUUCCUAUUUGAUCGACUCAAACAACCCCGGAGGUAUCAAUACAACAAUCAUCACACCAGACUACGGUCGUCAUAUUAUUCGUAAUAUGAAUCAAUUCUAUGGUACUAAUGCGGAUUUCGAUCAGAUAUGGUCGAAAAUCAAUGCUAAUAAUGGGCAAGUUCACCGGGAACAGUUUAUAUCGUAUGUCAGUCAAACCCCGACAUUUGUGCAAUUCUUUUAA